AUGCAAGUUAAUCACCAACAAAGCAAUUCCCCUAACCAGGGCUCAGGGGAUUUGCAGCAUGCUCUGGAAGGUGCCGCAUCCUUUGGCUUUAGCAACAUGCAUGACAUGAACCAACAAGUGUUGUCUCUAGAUGCUAUCGAAACCAGUAGACUUAAUGUGUAUGAAGCUUAUAAUGAGAGGUCAGAUGAUGUAGAAGAAGUCACUGUACGUCGUGAAGAGAAACCGCCAGUUGUGUAUCGGCGUACAAGAUGGAAGAUGAAUAAAGAGAAACAGCCUGUUGUAUACAGUCGUAUGAAAUGGACGGAUGAGAUGGUUAAGCUUUUGAUCACUGCUGUUUCUUACAUCGGAGAAGAUGUUUGGUCCAAUGGGAUAUUCCCAAAGAAAGGUAAAUGGAGGGCUAUUUCCAAUGCUAUGGCUGAAAGAGGUCAUCAUGUCUCACCUCAGCAGUGUGAGGAUAAGUUUAAUGAUCUGAACAAAAAGUUCAAGAGACUGAAUGAUAUUCUUGGGAGAGGCACUGCAUGUUGUGUUGUGGAGAACCCUGGCCUUAUGGAAAUGAUGGACCUGACUCAUGAUGCGCAGGAGGAAGUGAAGAAGCUUUUAAGUAGCAAACAGUUGUUCUAUCAAGAAUUGUGUUCAUACAACAACCAAAAUAGAUUAUUCCUUCCAGAUGAUCGGGAACUCCAGCAAUCCGUGCUGUUGUCUCUCAAACGUAAGGACAGGUAUGAGCCUGAAUAUGUCGUGCAGGAUAUGCCUGCAAAGAGAAAGAUAGUCGGGGAAGAAAGAAUUUCCAGUGUGAUCUGUGCAUUCAUUAAUUCAGAUUGUAAUGUGCUUAAUCCUAACAGCAAUGGGAUUCAUGAUUAUACUAACAAUGAUGAGGCAGAGACAUUGCAGAAUGAGCAGCAGAUUAUGCAUCAGUUACUGCAGUUGGAAGAACAGAAGUUACAAAUUCAGGCCCAAAUUCUGGAACUGGAGAAGCAGAGAGUCAAGUGCAUGAGGUUCCGCCGGAGAGAAGACAGGGAGCUACAAGAACUGAAGCUGGAAAAUAAGGCUAUGAUGCUUGAGAAUAAGCGCAUGGAGCUUCAGCUCAAGCGCUGUGAAACAAGUCUUCAGACUGAAUAA